AUGAGAGUAAACUCUGCAUUUUGGAUAGCCUCAUUGGCAUUACCUGCCUCCGCGGUCCACCCCUGGCUCGACAAGACCCUGCCUUACGAGGAGCGUCUCCUGUCUUUCAUCGCCCAGCUAAAUGACACCCAAAAGCAUGCCAUGGUUCAAGGCGAUACUGAACUGACAGAUAACGGAACCGGCGUCAACGCCUGCAUCGGGCACAUUCAAGGAAACUCAUCUCUUGGCAUUCCCGGCAUUUGCAUGGGCGAUGGGCCUGCCGGUGUCGGCAACUCGCUCGAUAAUGUGGCCGCUUUCCCAGCUCCAGUUGUCGCGGCGAGCUCCUGGGACACAUCGAUACAGUAUGAGUUUGGCCAGGCACUCGCACAAGAGCACAUGGGCAAAGGCCGCAAUAUCGUCCUUGCGCCUACCAUCAACAUCCUUCGCUCUCCGUUGUGGGCUCGCGCUGCCGAAACUCUGUCCGAAGACCCAUGGCUGACAGCCCGUAUGGCGGUCGCCGGUACGAUGGGCAUCCAAAGUCAAGGAGCUCUGGCGUGCCCGAAGCAUUUCGCUGCGUAUAACCAGGAUACGAAUCGUUUCGGCAACGGUCCGGAGUGGGUAACAGUCGAUGCGGUGGUCGACGAAAGGACGAUGCAUGAGCUUUAUCUACCGGCUUUCAAAGCCAGUGUGCAAGAGGCAGAUGCAGCGAGCGUCAUGUGCUCCUACAACCGACUCAAUGGCUUCUUCACCUGUGAGAACGACUGGCUCCUCAACCAGACUCUUCGUCAAGACUGGGGGUUUGAAGGGUUUGUGGUCGCAGAUUGGUAUUUCUCUACAAGAAGCACCGUUGCUGCUGUCAUGGCUGGGCUCGACAUCUCAAUGCCCGGCGGAGACUUGACGGAUAGCUACGGCUUCCCUGCUUACUACGGCGAGCUACUGGUGGAAGCCAUCAAUAAUGGGUCGAUACCCCAUGCGCGACUUGACGAUAUGGUUCAAAGGGUCUGGCGGUACAUGUUCAAGCUUGGACAGGUCGACGAUCCGGUGACUGGAGACUCAACGGCCCACGUACGUACCCAGGAGCAUCUGGAUCUCGCGCAGCGAAUGGUUGAAGAGGGCGCAGUUCUGCUGAAGAAUGACGAAAGUACCCUUCCUCUCUCUCCUGAAAAGUAUUCUAAAAUUGCUGUCUUUGGCAUUGGAGCAACUGCUGAGAACCAGGUCUCUGAAAACCACGGUGGCUUUGUUAUUGACUCUACCAUGGUUGUUCAAGCACCCUUCGAUGCGAUCAAACGUCGAGGAGAUGCAGAAAAUAUCACAGCCAAGUACUCCAUGGCUUACCCUGGCACUGGACAGUUUCCCACGAUUCCCUCGAACAUGUUUAAAGAUGGAGGCGUCAACGUGACGUAUUACAAGACAACCGACUUCACCGGGCCUGUCGACAUGACCGACCUUAUUCCCAACAUUACCAUCGCUACGUAUCCGACAGCUCUCUGGCAAGCAUAUCCAGACGUUUUCUCGGCUGUCUAUGAGGCGGUAUUUCUUCCAAACACGACAGGAAUGUACUAUUUCUCCAUGUAUGGUCAGGGUACUGCGAUGCUCUAUUUGGAUGACGAACUCGUGGCCAACAUGUCCUAUGCCAAUUUUGGGAACUAUAUCCAAGGCGCAGCGUAUCUUGAAGCGAGAUCCGAGGUCAAGCUUCGGUUGGAAUACGACAUGGGCUACUCUUUGUCUACUGGUGCGUAUGGGAUCAGUCUUGGAGUAGACAUCGGCAACCAGACCCGAGACACAACUGCCGACGAGCUGGCCAAGUGGGCAGAUAUCAGCCUUAUCUUCGCCUCAGACCGGAUAUCUGAGGGAGCUGAUAGCGGCCUUGGACUCUCUCUACCUGGUGACCAGGACGUGAUCAUCAGCCGGCUCGCCAGUAUUUCCAAGAAAACCGUCGUGGUCCUGAACACAAACUCGGCAGUUCUGAUGCCUUGGCUUGAGCAAGUCGAAGGCGUCAUGGAGAUUUGGUAUCCUGGCCAACAGGUUGGGCUUGCGUUAGAGCGUCUUCUCUUCGGUGAUGUAAGCCCGAGCGGGAAGUUGCCAUUGACCUUCCCCAAGAACCUCAACGACACUAUACGUAUCAGUACCAACAUCGAAGUGCCCUACGAAGAAGGCCUCUAUGUGGGGUACAAGGCUUAUGAUCAGAGCGGAAUCGAACCGUUAUUUCCGUUCGGUCAUGGCUUGACGUAUUCUAACUUUAGUCUAUCCGGAUUGGAGGUAUCAUCAAAUUACAGCGCUAUACUCGUCAGAACGACCUUGUUGAAUCAAGGAAAUAGCAAGGCAAAAGAGGUCGUUCAGCUCUACGUUGGAUUCCCGGACGCUGCGAAGGAGCCACCAAAGUUGCUCAGGGCUUUUCAAAAAGUAGAGGUCCAAGCUGGGGAGACCAAGGCUGUGGAGUUGUUGGUGAAGAUUGAGGAUCUCAUGGUGUGGGACACUUUGACUGAGGCCUGGAUAUUUGUAGAUGGUCAAUAUGAGGUUCUCGUGGGAUUCUCGGCGGGAAGUAUCCAGGAGAGACAGGUAGUAGAGUUAAGCCGAGGCUAG